AUGUCACACGGCCAGAGAUUCAAUCGGAAAUUAAAUGAUGCACAUCGGAUGUUUUUGAGGUAUGCCCAAUCGCAUCCUGCCACACUUACUGUAGCGAUAUUGGGUGGAUCCUUAGUGUCUGGUAUCGUUGCCUUUAAGAUUCUGGAUGACGGGGACAGUUACAAGCGCGACCCGAAGGAAAAGAUGUCAAUGGAAGAGGCUCGUCUAAUUGCAAUGUUGGAGAAUGCCAAAGAGAGUUCCUGGAACCAGAAUUUAGAAAACGCCGUCGACGCACAAGAACAAUUCAUGAUGCCAGGUCGUCAACGAGACGUUCCAGAUUUUAUGAGUCGAAUUGAUGAGCGAAGUCAUGAAAUUAUGAAGAAUCAACACGCAACGAUCGACAAAGAAAAGAUGAGAAAGGAGACAAACACAAAAUAUUGGAGCAACUAA